UGUGUGAGAAAGAAUGUUAACUGUGUCAACAGACCAAAAAUCUAAAUUUGGUAGUCAGAGAAGGCUUCCUGGAGGAUAUGACUCAGCCCAAAAAGAUGGGUAGGAGUUAUCCAGGUAAAGAAGGGUAGGAAGAGUGUUCCAGUCAGGGGGAACGGUAGGGUACGUUUGAAGAAUCGAAAUGCACUUCAUUUGUGGGAAUACAGUAGAGUCUAUGGGUGAAGGUGGCAGGAAACAGGGAAAGAAGAAGCUGGAAACACAGGUAGGGGCCUUGAUAUCAAGUUAAGAUGAAAAGACUUUUUCUUAAGAUAGAAUAAGAGCAUUAAACAUUUUAGAGAAGGAAGUGCCAUGAUCAGAUUUUAGUUUUAGAAAGAUUACUUUUAAGAUAUGCCAUGAAAACAUGAAAGAAGGAAAGUGAGAUGAUUGAAUUUUCUUUUCUGAAAGAUUCACUUGUCCAAAAGGGCUUAUGGAGGUCUGCAGGUAUCCGAGGAGGGUGCCACCAUAGGGUGUGAAGUAGGAGGGUGACAAGAUGAGAUAGUAUCAAAAGUAUCAUUCCUCUAAGGGAGGUUGAAAAGUAUAAACGGAAAAGUCACUGAGGAACCAGAGGAAACUUAGACUAAGUUGGAAGCCAAGAUCUCUACCAUGUCCUCUGUUCGCUUCAUGUGCCAGCGCUGCAGCCAGCCCCUGAGGCUGACUCAGUCUACGGAGACCUUGGGCCAAGAACCUGCAGCUUCAAAUCUCCCCUCAGCGCCGGGGCAGCCAGGAGAAAGCCCUGAGGAAGGCCUUACCUCCAGGGUGGGGAUAGAUAUUGAAAAGCUGCAGGAUGGUGACUCUUGCAGGACCCUCCCUGGUGACGGCAGGAUGUCUGGGUAUGAUUUUAACAGCUUCACUCUGCUUGGGAAGUUGGGUUCUGGGAGAAGUCUCAACAGCAUCCAGAAGGCCACGAGGGGCAGUUUUGACUUCCUUUCUGGUCAAGAGGAUCUGGACCACCCCCUGUGUGAGGACUGCACGGACGAUCUGUUAGAGCAGCUGGACACCCAACUCGCUCUCACGGAAUCUGACAGCCAGAACUACAAACGCUACUUGGAGACCAAAGAGGGAGUAAGUGAGGACAUGAGGCAGACGCUGCAGGAGGAGCUGAAGAACGCGGAGCUGGAGGAAGCCAGGCUGCUCCGGGAGCUGGAGAAGGUGGAGGAGAACCGAGAAAGAGCAGCAGCGGCCCUCAGGGAAGCCCAGGCAGAGACCGAGACGCUGGACCAGCAGGAAAGGCAGUACCAGAGAGACUACAGCGAAUCGAAGUGGCAACAACUGGAACUGAAUGACGAGCUGGGGAGCUUGGAUAACCGGCUGCAAUACACCCAGACCCAGCUAGACUGGCUAGAGAAGACUGAUGCCUUCAGGUCAACGUUUGCGAUCUGCCAUGACGGCCCCUUGGCCACCAUCAAUAACCUCCGCUUGGGCUGCCUCCCCACUGUCCCUGUGAGCUGGAACGAGAUUAACACGGCCUGGGGACAGACAUCCCUGCUGCUCCUGGCCCUGUCUAAAACAGUUGGACUGGAGUUUCAGAGGUAUCGACUCAUCCCCUGUGGAAACCGCUCCUACCUGAAGUCCUUAACAGAUGACGCCGUCGAGCUGCCUUUGUUCUGCAGCAAGCAGAAGAAUGCUUUCUUCUACAACAAGCUCGACCAGGCGAUGAUGGCUUUCCUGGACUGCAUGCAGCAGUUUAAGGAAGAGGCUGAGAAAGGCGAGUCGGGUCUCUUCAUGCCCUACAGGAUUCACAUGGAGAAAGGCCUGAUAGAGGAGGCUGGAGCCAGUGGCGGGUUCUAUUCCAUUAGAACCCACUUGAAUACAGAGGAGCAGUGGACAAAGGCACUCAAGCUCAUGCUUAUAAAUUUUAAGUGUAGUCUCGCUUGGGUCUCCUUAAGGUAUUUUCAAAAAUAACAUUGUUUUUUUUUCUUAGGGGGAGAGGGAUAUUUUUUCUUUAAAAUAUUUUAUUCGUGGAAAGUUUUAUCAGAUCAACUAUCAAACUGGAGACGAUAACAUGUUUAUAAUUCUAAUCACAAAUGGACACACAGACGUCGAUUUAAGAGGAAACCAGGAGCCUCUGCUGGCUCCCCGCACGUCUGUCCCUUGUGUCCUCGUGUCCUCCUCUGCCCGCCGUCCCCACCCAGGCAAAUUCAAAAUGAUAGCAAAGAUUGAAUUGUGAGAU